UUAAUAAAAGCAGUUUAACCAAAACUUUCUCCUCUUCUUUAUUCCUAAUUGAGAGAACCGUUUCAACUCCCUCCAUGAACUGUACCCACUCCAACCACCAAAGAAAAGAACCCUUCUCUUAAAUAACACCAUAUGAACACACCUCUCCAUGUGCCAUAAUUCAAUUCAAAUCCUCAGAAAAAUCAACCCAACUUAAAGCCUUGAGAAGCCAAAAGGGUCAGCAGCAUGGUGUGUGUUGUGUGUUCACCAGCCGCCGUGGCAGAGAAGAUUUCUUGGUAUUGUGCUUUGUUCUUGGGGGUGAUGCUGGUUCUGAGCUGCUGCGAAUCGUUAUCAAGCGAAAACGAGUACAGGUUGAGGACGAUCCAACUUCAAGUUGAUCGUUUGAACAUGCCGUGUGAUGAAAUUUAUGUGGUUCAUGAAGGAGAGACACUGCAAACAAUCAGUGAAAAAUGUGGUGACCCUUACAUUGUUGAAGAGAAUCCACAUAUUCAUGACCCUGAUGAUGUUUUCCCUGGCUUGGUCAUUAAGAUUACUCCAUUCAAACUAAGGUAG